AUGAAAGACUCCUCCGUCACCAAUCGCCCGUCCUUGCUGGACCUGCGAUCCCAAUCCUCCCAUUCUGCGGCAUCUUCUUCCCGAGCUCUUCGAUCACCGCGGCUCCAUGUUGCCGGGGAGGCGCCUCCCGAGCUGUCUCCGUUGGAUGCCUUUGCCUUGCAGAGUCGGCUGUUGGCGCGACAGCUCCAGGAGACGACCACCAAAGAUGGAAACCGUGUCAGCCGUCUACCGCCUCUCACGGCCGAGAGCCCUCUAAUUAUCCAAGGCCGGUCCGAGUACUUUCGAUCCAUGUCGCAGGACUCCGGAUCUGACCGCGGCGAAUCCCCUGCUCCUCCGCUCUCUGCGGGCUUGGGUGGCUUGGGACUGCAAGACGCUUUUUCGAGCGAAGAGAGGCCUAGAUCAAUGCACCCACGCAUGGGUCGAAUUCCACCCACCCCCGACGAUGGCGUACCUCCUCUUCCGGAAGACAUGCCGGAUGUGCCAGACAUUCCCGAGUUUGCUCGGGGCCGACAGCUGGGGCAGCAAAACGGCACAAUAGACUUCUUUGGAGCACGUCAGGACCGCUCCCCAUCACCACUACUCAGCGAUGGCCUCUCUCAGCUGGACCGCCAGUCAACAAAAUCACCUGCUCCCCCGCUAACUUCCUUUCCUGUCCCCCCUAACUCCUCCUCUCCUCCUCGCAUCAGGCCUAAGCAGAGCUCCUCCUUUGACGACGUUGGAUUGGCGCCACCCAGAAGCCUCUUUCCUGGACGGUCGCCAAGCGCCUUGUCCUCUCCAGCACUCCAAGAGGAGGAUACCUUUGGCAAUAUGUCUAGCUCUGUUCAGUCUCUCCCUUCCCGAAAACUCUCGUCUGGAAGCGCAGCCCUGCCGCCACACAUGGCAUCCUCUACCCUGCCCCCUUUUCAACGAUCACCAUCCGUCGCGUCUGAAUCGUCCGCUCCUCUUCCCCGACCUGCAUUCAACUUUUCUCGGCCCAUGAGUAGAGCUGGUACGCCGAACUUGGACCACCCUAUUCGACAAGCCUCCUCGGAUAGUCAGCCAUCCUUUAUCCUGGCCGAUGAGUCGGCUCAAACCCCCAUAAGCAUGCACAGCGAGGCCUUCAUGGAGCAACCAGCAGAUGGGGCAACUCAUACCUACUCCAAAUUUGUUCUGCCUCGAGGAAAGUCAAUCCAGCGCUCCGAAUCCUCAGACAACCAACCUCAAGCAGGGGCACCGCCCUCACCUCCCACGCGACCUUCCAGCUCCUCUGCUCGCGGUGUCCCUGAUGAUGCCGCCAGCAUUUCCAGUGCCAUGUCAAGACAGCGAAGUGAUGCGGGCAAGCUCAGCUCAGAGAUGGGACAUCCCCCACCAAACCGUGGCAGACCUUCUAACGAAACUGGGCGACCGUCUGAGGAGUCGUCCAGAGGGAGAUCGCAGACCUUGCACGCUGCAGCAGAGACGCCUCGAGGCAGAACACCAGCUUCAGUCGGCGCAAGCGACUCGGCCCAGACGAUACGCCCCAGCAUGUCUGUACGAUCCGCGGCCAGCACUGCGCCGCCCACAGCUGCUGAAAUGACAGCCGAGCAGCAUCUUGCCAAGGGAAUCGAAUGCCACGAGAACGGCUCCCUGAACGAGUCUACUUACCACCUCCGGCACGCCGCCCAGAUGAACCACCCGACAGCCAUGCUUUUGUAUGCUCUUGCCUGUCGCCAUGGCUGGGGCAUGAAGCCGAACCAGAAAGAGGGAGUACAGUGGCUACGGAAAGCUGCCGACAUGGCCAGUGGCGAGGUGGCCGAAGAUGAAGGGAUGGUCAAGGAAGGAAAGCACAUCAAUAUUGCUGAAAACAAGACCCACAAGGCCCAGUUUGCCCUCAGCAUCUAUGAGCUGGGCGUGAGCCACAUGAACGGUUGGGGCAUUGAGCAAGACAAGGCUCUUGCACUGCGCUGCUUUGAAAUCGCUGGCACGUGGGGCGAUGUUGAUGCUUUGGCGGAAGCUGGUUUCUGCUACGCGCAGGGAAUCGGCUGCAAGAAGAACCUGAAGAAGAGUGCCAAGUUUUACCGAAUGGCAGAGGCCAAGGGCAUGAGCAUGGUGGGCAACAGCUGGAUUCACAAGUCGAAAUACAUGGAUGAUGAGGAUGCUCCCGAGAUUCCGCCAAAGAAGUCUCGAGCCCGCAGCAAGUCUCGCUCACGCGCAAUGUUCGGUAAAAAGUGA